GAAAACAGAGCUUAGUGUAGCCAAAAUAAAAUAAAUAAAAAAAAGGCCAAACCCUGGUGGGCCCUGCUUCGUUGGCAUUGACAUUUCUGGAACUCAACAAUAAUUUAACCACUCCCUCCCCUCCCUCGUCGCUCAUUCAUUCGCACAUUCACAACUCACAAUCUCAACUCAAACCCUCUCUCUUCAAAGUCCAACCCCUCCUUUUCCCUCUCCCUCUCCAUUCUUUAUACAUGGAGAUGGCUCCACGCAGCACGGCCACGUCCUCGGAUCAAGAGCCCGACGUGGGUGCUCCCAAGAACCGAUCUUUGAGCUGCGGCGAGCACCGCGAGAAGGUGGGGUCCCUCGCGAGGGCCAAGUCGAUGAAGCAGAGGGACUUGAAGAAGAAGUCGCGGCGGAAGCGGAAGCAGAGCGCGGCGGCUGCGAACGGGGACGAUGGCUGGCUCGAGGACCACGACAGUAAGGCCGAAGUGGAGAGGAAGAUCGUGGCGUUGCAGAGGAUCGUGCCCGGCGGGGCGGACUUAGGGGUCGACAAGCUGUUCGAAGAGACGGCCGGGUACAUCUUGGCCUUGCAGGGCCAGCUCAAAGCCAUGAGAGCCCUCACCAACUUCUUUGAAGGGCUAGAGAGGGAGAAGAGGAAACUUGGAGGAUGAGGGGUCGUGAUGGAAGACUGAGAAAAAGAAGGAAAAAAAGUGAAAAAAAAAAUUAAAUAAGUAAUUGGAGGACUGUUAUUUCUAGUCAGACUUUAUUCUCCCCUGAUGCCAAUUUAUUUUGUUCUUUGCAAUAUUGAAGAAAGAUAUCCCUCUCUC